AUGGGGGCCGGCAGCUCGGACCCCCAGAGCGAGAGUGGACCCCCUAGUAUCGCGUUUCCGGUCUCCCGAGAGGGUGCUGGCCGAGAACGGGCGGGAAAAGGAGCAGAGUGCCUCGGUCCUCCAAAGUCCAGUUGCAAAACCAAAACCUUAGCGACCAAGGUGGCCAUAAAGAAAAUAAGUCUGGCAGGACCUAGGAAGAAGGAAUUAGCCUCUAAUGAAAUCAAGAUCAUGAAGAGGCUAAGGGGUCCAAGUGUUGUAAAUUAUUUAGGCAGCUACCUUGUGCAUGAAGAAGUCUGGCUGGUCAUGGAGUACAUGGAUGGAGGCACUCUGAGCGACGUCAUCUGUGCGGCUGUCAUGUAUGAAGAGGAGAUCGCUGCAGUCAGUCAGCAGUGCCUGCAAGGACUGGAUUUUCUUCACUCAAACCGUGUGAUCCAUCGAGAUUUGAAGAGCCACAACAUCCUUCUCAGAACUGACGGCUCUGUCAAGCUGGGUGAGUAUAUUCUCGGUCAGGUGCAGCAUUCCAGGGAUGUGCGGUGUGGGGCUGCUUUUGAGUGACUGCCAGCUCACCAAAAAUGCAGCUAGUGGGAGUGAAGGGGCCCCUGCUGCAAGCUGAAGGCACAAUUGCAACAUGCACAGAGGUGUGACAAGGAACCACAAGGAGACAAGAGCGGUGUUGGUCUCUGUGUGUUUGUGUGUGUGUGUCCCUUCCAGAGCGAAAGAGCUACAAUCAAAACCUUCAGGGCAAUAAAGGGCACUGCUGUGAGCAGUGUUUAAAAACCUGGGCAUUUUUGGAAGUGGCCAAUACCAUAGUUCCUUGGCUUAAGCCCGGAGGAAACCAAGUGUGGACAGUUCUCCAGGAGAAUUAACAGCACAUUCUUAGACUGAGAGUGGGGAAUUCUUUUGCUUGGUUUUGCUAAUUUGAGCUGGCUUUCAUUGUAUGAUGUUUUCUUCCCAGCUGAUUUUGGCCUCUUUGCUCAGCUCCCCGCUGAGCAGAGUAGAUGGAGCUCAGUGGCUGGCACUUCUGGGUGGAUGGCGCCUGAGGUUGUGACAGGUGAACCAUAUGGCCCCAAAGUGGACAGAUGGUCUUUUGGAAUUGUGGAAAUGGAAAUGGUGGAACGACAAGUUCCUUACCGGAAUGAAAGUAGGUAAGGUGCAAAUACUCUUUGAUCCUGCUGUCUUCCUCACCUAUCCCACAUUCUGUGCCAUUGGACAAAAUCCCAUUGCCAUCUGCUGGCACCACUUCCACCAAGAUCCACUUCCAAAGAUGUCCCUGCAGCACAUCAGCAUGUGCUGUAGGUUUGGAUGUAUCAGAAGGGAAGGGAGGUAAGCAGUUCAGAAACCUGCCAUUUGGGCCUUCAGCCAUGCCUGACAUUUCCCAUUGACUUUUUAAACACUGUUGGAGCUCUGUCUCUGAAGGAGAGGAAUUUUUCAGUGGAAUGUUUAGAUGUGUUAAAAAUACCUUUCCAGCUGGAGGUUUAAUCUUUGCAGUUUCAGUUUUAUAGAAAAAGUAAGAAAAAAGUAAAAAGCAAAAGCAAACUAAAAAGCAAAAGAAAAGCCAAAAGAAAAAUAAAUACCAAAAGUAAUGGAGAACGAAAAGGAGCAGGAGAAGGAGGAGGAGCAGGAGAAGAAAAGGAAAAAGGAAAAAGGAAAAAGGAAAAAGGAAAAGGAAAAGGAAAAGGAAAAGGAAAAGGAAAAGGAAAAGGAAAAGGAAAAGGAAAAGGAAAAGGAAAAGGAAAGAACAACCACCAAAGCAUUCCUAAAGCAGUUCUGCUUGCUUUGUCCAUUGUUAACAACAGCACAACAAUUUUCUUCCAAACUCUAGCAUCUUUCUCAGAUCCUGUGGGUCUUCCAAGCUUUUAGGCUUUCAAAUCACCUGUACAUCAUUCGGUCAUGUGCAUGAGUGGCCUGGAUAAGUUUAGGAUGUGUUUUUCUCUGACUGCAGCUCGAACUGUAGGCGGCACCCUUGGCUGUUUCUCGGUACUUUAACAAGUUGAUAGGUUUGCCGUCAAGUGCCGGGGCUGGGAUCCAAGGUGGGUGGUUGACACCGGUGCUGUUCCUUUGCUGUAGGAGCAGGGACAGCCCUGGGUUGCACAGUUGUAAGGACAGUGAGGACUCCAGCUCCCCACCAUGUCCAGGGGCUGAGCUCAGCUGCAGAGGGACAGGACAAAACCCCCUUUGUGACCUCUGGUGGAGUGCGAAAAGGAAUGAAAGCGACCAUCAUUCUUUGUACUCAGGGGGAGUGUGUUUACUGUUUUAGGCUUGGAAAUUUUCCUCUGGAAUGAAGAGGACAGUAACAAAGUCUCUUUGGUCACCAGUUAUUUCAGUGCCACCAGCACAGAGCUGUUGGUAUUGUGAUGGGCGCGUUUAUGGAGACCAGGCUGGAGCCUGGUGUCCUGCAGAGAGCCUGCCAAAACUUCCCAUUUUUUGCCCAGCACUUUCUGCAAUGGGCACACCAUUAAUGCAUUGAGUGGAGUAUCCAAAUCAGCAGAGGGAUACCGUAGG